UGUCUGACUUUCUCGUCGAACAUACACACACCGAUAUGUCUACCUUCGCUUUCGUCCUUCUCUGCGUCCAGGCUUGCUUGGUCCAGAAUGUUUACAGUCAGUGCAAUGGUGCUCUUGGCUGGGAUGCCGGGUUAGCUGGACCCUACGGCUACGGUUCGAGGGAUGGCAUUGCUGGACCCUAUAGCUUGGGUUUGAGAGAUGGUAUCGCUGGACCCUAUGGCUUCGGAUUGGGAGACGGUAUUGCUGGACCCUAUGGUUUCGGUUUGAGAGACGGUUUCAUCGGGGAAGCUGCCUACGGAGGCUCCGGAGUCGGUGAUGUGGCUGUAGCUGGUGAGAUGGGCGUUGCUGGUACCACCCUGGUCGCUGGUCAGGUGCCGAUCCUCGGUGCCGUAGGAUUCGAAGGCAUCGUUCCCGCCGCCGGAGCUGUGAGCAUCGCUGGUAGCUGCGGUUGUGGUUGCGGCGCUUUCCGUUACUAAACAAAAAAUUUAACAGCGUCCUAUCAAAUGUGAAAUUAUUAAAACAAUCAAACAUUA